AUGCUAGGAUUGCUUCCUUUCCAAAUAAUUGAAGUUCGACCCUCUAUACGCCUAAACAAGCUUUUUUCUAAGCUUCGAUUUCUUUGUGCACUACAAGGUAUGCUCGGACUAUUUCAGUCAAUAUAUAGUCCUGUUGGAGGACUAAUUAUGCUGGUAUCUUUAUUGCUUCUUUACUGCAUAACUAUUCGUAAAAACUGAGUCCUCUGUAUAACUUAUAUUAUUAUAUCCUUAACUGAUAUUUACACUGAAUGAAAACUCAUUGAAGGUUUCUGCUUUUCCAAUGAAAGAAAACAUCAUUUUAUCCCUGGCGUUUCCUAUGUGAAACUAUUUUUUCACGUAAUUGCUGUAUAUAUUGUUUUCCUUACGUAUCGAGAACUUAAAGCAUUACAUAUAGAACUGCUGUGGAGAAAUAGAAUUUAA